AAAGCGGAAGUCGUGUGUCGUCAGGAGACGCUACGCCAACUGGUUGCUUAGGGGGAGGAGGAGAAACUCAUUUGUUCAUAAUGUGGCGAGUUUGACAACAUGAAACGAAAUAGUUUCCUUCAGCGUUAACCCGAAUCCCGUGGUCGUGUCCCCCGCAUUCUUAACGUGUCCGAUCUCCAGUGGCUGUGGACGAGAUUGUAGCAUGCUAAGCUAGUAGACGUCAACUUUAGCUCCAUUGAUGAUUUAAGUGUGUUUGGCAGCUCCAUGGAAAAGCUCGUCUAGUUUUUGUGGCUUGUCCAGUAUGAGCUCGUCAGAUGGGUACACAGAGCCUGGGGAUCAUGCCCAGGAAGAAAACAUCAUCUCCACAGGAGACAACAACAAGCAUGACUCGGCGAUAUGCUCGGGAAGUAGCAGCAGUCAAAUCAAGAGCUGUGCUGUGGUCAAGUACUGCGCCGCCCCACCUGCCAGCACGUAUGCCCUGUUGCAGGAGAAGACCGACCUCAAGCUGCCCCCUGCCAACUGGCUGAGAGAGAACGCCCAGCUAGGCACCACCGUGUUGGGCUCCAGCAGCAAGGGCAAGCCGUUUUCAAGUUUUGGAAUGGCGUAUGACUUUAUCGACUGCAUCGGGGAUGACGUCGACGUCGUGUCAGAUUCAGAGAACAUCAAGAAGCUGUUGAAAAUCCCCUACAGUAAAUCACACGUCAGCAUGGCCGUCCACCGCGUGGGUCGCACCCUCCUCUUGGAUGAGCUGGACAUCCAAGAGCUCUUCAUGAGAUCCUCGCAGACGGGCGAUUGGACGUGGUUGAAGGACUUUUACCAGCGGUUGAUGGAUCAGAAGUGGCAAAGAAAAAAGAAGAGCAAAGAGCAUUGGUAUCAGAAAGCCAUCCUGUCCAAGUUCCUCUACUACAGUAUUAACGGCGACUGCGCCGCCGAGCCGGUGGCGGAGAACCUGAACGACGACGAGGAGUGCGGCGGGCGGGAGUUCGGCUCGUCAUGGCCCACCGCUUUCACCAGCUCCGACGCGGGAGAGUCGGCCGCUUGUAAACAGGAACGCGUCCCCAUGGAUAGGAAAUUCGCUAUAGGCCAGGUGACGUCGGCGCCCCAAGAGCAAAACCUGCCAGCGCUCUUUAACGAAGGCGAAAACAGUCAGGGUUUAAGGAAUGACUUUGUGAGAAAUAUCAUGUGGACCUUUGAGGAUAUUCAUAUGUUGGUUGGCUCCAACAUGCCGAUUUUCGGAGGCGGGCGCUACCCGGCUGUCAGCCUCAAACUCAGGGACAACAACAAACCCAUCAAUAUCCUUACCGGUAUCGACUACUGGCUGGACAAUCUGAUGUGUAACGUCCCCGAGCUGGUCAUGUGCUUUCACGUCAACGGUAUCGUUCAGAAAUACGAGAUGAUAAAGACGGAAGACAUCCCCCAUCUGGAAAACUCGACUUUUUCCACCAGGGUGGUGAAAGACAUCGCUCAGAAUAUCCUUUCUUUCCUCAAGUCCAACUGCACCAAAGAGGGUCACACCUACUGGCUUUUCAAAGCGAGCGGGAGCGACAUCGUCAAGCUUUACGAUCUGACAACACUGUGCGAGGAGGCCGAAGAGGAGAAGAGCCACAAUCCCUUCACGCUUCCCGUGGCUGUGUUGCUUUAUAAGGUGGCAUGCAACCUGAUGCUCAAGGCCCGAGAAAACAGAAAGCACUACGGCACGAUCCGAACUUUGCUUUUAAACUGCAUCAAACUUCUGGACCAGGACAGGCACCCCCAGAUCAUCGCCUCGGCCCACUACAUGCUGUCCGAGCUUUUCCAACUCGAUGAACCUCAGGAGGAGGACGACGACGGAGGCGAAUCUUACCGGGCCUGCGGCUCAGAGGACAGCUACAGUAACGAUGACCGCGAAGAGGAAGACGACGAGAGCGACGACAGUAGCUCGGACAAUCACGGCCGCAUGCAGGACGCCAGUAAAGCCGUGGCGGUCAUCCGCUCUGUCGGAGAACUGUCGGUCCCGGAGAAAUACAAAUCCACUCAGCUGAUCCGACCGGGUGGCGCUUUCCCCAUCUCACAAGACAAAGAGGAGCGAUGCAGACAUGUCCUCAACUAUGUGCUGAAGGGUCUGAAGGCCGUCGAUAGCAGCAUCAAGAAGGAGAGCGAGCUCCCGGCCGUGGACCCCAACACGCCCAUCCCUCUCAAGUACGAAGACGGAAGCGCAGCGGAAAAAGGCGUCUCUCCUUUCCUCGAAAGAGUGGGGCAUUCGCAGGCGGACCAAAAGCAUCCCACGCGCUCGGGCAUGAUUCCCGGCACCUGGCAGCACCAGAUGAAACUUCAGCUCUUCCUCAAGGCCUCCAAGGCGUACUACGUGCUGUCCGACGCCGCCACCAACCUGCUGAAAUACGGCCGAGCCUUGCGCUACAUCAAGCUGUCCCUGCAAAGCUACGAUGCCUAUUGCGCUAUCGGAGGCGCGCUCCACCCGCAGGCGCUCCUUUUCCACAGCCACUGCCUCUCGCUGUGCGGCGACAUCCAGCUGAUGUUGGCCCAGAAUUCCAACAACAGAGCCGCGUACCAGGAGGAGUACGGCUACCAGACCAAAGAGGACCAGGAGAUCUUACACAACCUACAUCGGGAGAGCAGCUGCCAGGCGUUCAACAUGGCAACCGACCUGGCCACCGACCUCGAGUACCAGCUGUUUGUGAGCAGCAAGUGCUACGAGGCCGCCUACGAGCUGCUCGUCUCGCACGCCUUGAAGGAGGAGGCGUCGGAUCAGCUGGCUCAGGCGCUGAAGCGGCUGGGGAACAUCCGCAACGAGAUGGGCGUCUACUACAUGAACCAGGCGGCGGCCAUGCAGACGGAGCAGGUUAAGACCUCGGUGUCCGCCGCUGAGCAAGAAAUGUGGAAAAAGAGCUUCGCCUUUUUCGAGAAGGGCAUGAAGGACUUUGAGGCCAUCGGGGACAACACCAACAAAGCGCUGCUGCUGUGCAACACGGGCAAGCUGAUGAGGAUCUGCGCCCAGGCCCACUCGACCGUCUCCGUGGACGACAGCAGAGGGGAGUUCUCCCCGGAGGAGGCGCUCUACUACCACAAGGCCAUCGACUACUACUUGCGCGCCAUGAGGUCAUUGACAUGCCGUGAGAACCACCAGCCAAUUUGGGACAGCGUGAACUGGGAGCUGUCCACGACAUAUUUCACACUGGCCACACUUCUGCAGGACUACGCGCCUCUCUCCAGGAAGGCUCCGGAACAGAUUGAGCGAGAGGUGACUGAGGCCAUGAUGAAAUCGCUCAAGUACUGCGACGUGCACACCGAGUCCGCCCGCCAGCUGCUGUACCAGUACAGAGCGGCAACCAUCCACCACCGCCUGGCCUCCAUGUACCACAGCUGCUUCCGGAAUCAGGUGGGCGACGAGCGCUUGAGGAAGCACCACCGCAGCCUGGCCGAGCUCCACUACAGCAAGGCCGUGUAUUUGUUCCUCAGCCUCAAAGAUGCGCCGUGCGAGCUGCUCCGGGCCUUACUGGAGAGGGUGGCCUUUGCCGAGUUUACCAUGGCGGCUCAGAACAGCAGCACGGCCAAGCAGAAGAGCCUGACGGCCGCUUUGGAGAUCAUGGCGGAGACUCGCUGCGCCUUCCAGAUGAUUCACAAAGAACUGCUUGAAGAGCAGACUGAGGGAAGCCACGCAGCUCUUCCGGGAUCUUCGGGUUGCCCUGCGCCAGGACUGAACCUCCAGGAAGUGACCAAGCUGACCGCUCUGUUUGAGUCGCGCUUCUCCGAUCUGCUCCUUCAGCUCAUCAAACUCAUGACUAAAACUAAACGCAAACCCAGCAAAAAGGACGAAGAGCUGCUGCAGAGUUACAGGAACGUUUACUCCAAGCUGCUGCGCUGCGACAAGAACACGCCUCUGCUCGCCCGCGUCGGCCUGUACGCCGAACUUCUGCAGCAGCUUACGCCCAACGCCGACGGCUACGACGCUAACGUGCUAUCGUGACGACGCCUUCUUUAGAUAUUGCGGACUGAAAAACUACUUGCACAUUUUGGAAGAUGCUCGAUUUGUGUUUCAAGUUGUCCGAUACUCACACAUUUUUAGGGAUAUUCAGCUUUCGGGUGAAAAUUCAAAUUUGCAGCAGGGAUUUAUAACAACACACCAAAGCUCCUCUGACCUCAUCAGUACAGCACUAAUAUGAGUCAUUCUACGCAGAGGAUAAAGACUAUAUAGCGAGUACUGUAAUACUGUCUGCAUACAUGUUGUUGAACCGUUUCUGUUCGAUCUGUUGCUUAAGGUGUGAAAGCAGCCCAACGUCGAUGCGAGUGAGCAUUAGCAUGAAGCUAGUGGUGCCUUUCUUUAGGCAGCCUUCAAGCCAUUUUUAAAUACACCAGAGCGUUAUUCCCUUUGUGUAAAGUUUGACGAUAAAUUUCCACUGAGCGUGGCACAAAAUUGCUGGAGGCCUCCUUUUUUGAUGAAUUGUUCACUAUUUGUCUAACUGCUGCUUGUUUUGAAGCGCGUCGAGUUGAAUUCACAGAGUCACUCGUAUCUCAAGGCACCACUGCACAGAAACGACAUGACAAAGAGUGGCACAUAUCAUCCAAGCGACUUUCGGUGAUGCGAGCCAUAAGGAGAGCCUUUUGCCUUUCAUACGAGACCCAGUGAGGGUGUGAUUUUUGCGGGCAUCCCGCUUUCAGAUCAUUACAUGCAUGACGUCAGCGUGACUGUCGGCACGACAGUGCUGUCUGUGCUCAAUCAAUAUUGAUUUUUAUUAUUUUUGAUAUCCAGAGCUUCUGUUGGCGCUGGGUAAUCUUUUUUUUUUUUCAUGUUGCUUUCUUAAAACCAAAACAGUGCAAUUAUGUAAAAAUGUUUCAAUAUUGGGCAUGUUUGCUGUGAUAUAGAAAUAAACUUUUUGGAAUGUGA